UGGCCUGUCAGCAGCUACAGCAAUAAUUAAAACUGCAGGUUUAUAUGAAUGCUUUUAUUCUAAUAUGUUAAUAUUUCUAUAGUAACAUACAACCAUCAUCCAGUUAAGAGUGCAGGUUCAUACUGUUAUUUAAUCAUCCAAUCAUGUGGCAGCAGUGCAAUGGAAAAAAUCAUGGAGAUACAGGUCAAGAGCUUCAGGCAACAUUCUCAUCAAUCAUCAGAAUGAAGAAAAAGUGUGAUCUCUGUGACAGUGUGACAUUUCGGCAUGGUUGCUGCUACCAGAAGGGCUGGUUUUUGGAUAGUUCAGAAACUGUUGUUGAAAAUCUCCUGGGAUUUACACACUCAAUAGUCUCUAUUAGAAAUGUCUGCGGAAAAUGGUUUGAGCUGCUAGGAAGGAUAUACUGUAGUAACUUAUAUAAUCACGCUUUACAAACGUGAAUGCUCAGAAAAGCAUUUCACCACAGACGGAACAUUAUAACAGUGUCGGUCAUAAGAAAAUAAUCAACAUUGUGUGAUGCAGCAUUACAUUUGAAUGUUAACUUAAGAUUAAAGCAAACUGCUACAGUAGGCUGAUGUUGGUCAUAAACACCUGGCUCUAUUUCCCUUCAGCUAGUCCUCUCCUCUUUUCACUAUCCCUCCAUCACCUCCUUUUCUUUCUCUCCUCCCUCCCCUGCAUCUGCUCCCUGCCUCCCUGUGUAUAUGUGUUAGUCACAUACCUUACUUCUCUCCAGUACUCUAUUUAUUAGCGCGUGCAUUCUAUAUAUAUUGUGUGUGUGUGUGUGUGUGCAUUAAGCCAUUCGUCACCAUCAUAAAGAUCAUCAUCACCAUCAUAGUAAUCAUUGCCGUCGUCUUUGGCUUAAAACGAAGCGCAGGAUUUCUUUACGCUUCCACAAACACCGGACACCGACAUCUGAAUGGAACGUGCAUUCUGCGCGUGCUGAUGUGAAAACGCAUAUAUUAGGUCGUAGAAAUAGACGCACGUGCAACCAGAGCUUUAAUGUAGAAUGCAAUCGGUGGACACACACACACACGCACGCGCACACGUUUAUGGCUUUGCUGGUUUCAGAUCGUUGAUUCGAGGCUGCAGUUACAGGAGGCUUUAACACACUGGGAACAUGCACGAGCACUAAACUGAAGAUUAUCGACAGCACGCGGAAAUCCCCCCUGGAUGGUGCAGACUGAGUUCAGCAGUCACAUUGUGACUCGGCCUGAGGGACAAGCUUAAUCCCCUGCACCACUGUAUGAGCGCUGAGUAUCAUGGGAACUACGCUGUCAGUGUCACCGGGCUACCGUAAGGCAGCGCUAUGCGACGAGGCAGCACAGAACAGCAGGAAUACCAAGCGCUCCUCGGUUAUUGGCGUGUUACCAUGGAAACGCAUCGUCGCCGUUUCGGCAAGACGGAAGGGGUCAAAGAAGCUCCCUGCAGGAGGAGGAGGGAGUCAGGAAGAGAGUGCUGUUAGGGUUAGUGUCAGCCUCGAUGGCAACCUAAACCUCAAGAAGUCUCAAUCUUAUGCCAAUCUAUCAGUGUUCACACAAGAAGGAGGGCUAAAUGUUCCAAAUUCCAAAACCACCAGUGACAUUGCUGCCCUCGAGGAACAGGAUCAGGAUCAGGAUGGGUCGGAAGGUUCCAGAUCAUCGAAGCGGAUCUUGGUACAGGCAUCAACUAGCGAGCUGCUGCGCAGUCUGGGUGAGUUCCUGUGCCGUCGGUGUUACCGACUGAAGCGUCUAUCACCAGGCGACCCGGCCCUGUGGCUGCGUGGCGUUGACCGUGCCCUCUUGCUGCAAGGCUGGCAGGAACAGGCCUUCAUCUCGCCUCCGAGCGUGGUCUUCCUCUACAUGCUAUGUCGUGCUGUGAUCUCAGCCGAGGUGGGGAGCGAACGUGAGCUGCGCCUAGAACUGCUCACCUGUUUAUACUUGAGCUACUCUUACAUGGGCAGCGAGAUCUCCUACCCGCUCAAGCCCUUCCUGUUGCAGCAGGACAAAGAAGCAUUCUGGGAUAGGUGUCUGCAGAUCAUCCACUGCACCAGCUCUAACAUGCUAAAGCUAAAUGCCGACCCACGCUACUUCACGCAGGUCUUCGCUGACCUGAAGAGCGAGAGUCAGAGAGGGGAAGGGGAGAGAGUACCUCUUGAUCGAUAAACACCAUGCUGCAUAUGUAUGCGUGUGUGUGUGUGUGUGUGUGUGUAGACAACAAAACAUCUCCGAAGCUGCCAGCACUGAUUAAUACCAGAUGCAUUUAUAGAGUAGUUUCACAAAACACCUUCUUUCCUCAAACUUCUCGACACACAGAAAUACUUAGUGAAGUAUUAUUAUGGCUGUGUUUCAACUGUGUUUUAUUUCACAAACGUCACGUUUAUAGCACUUUUAAAGUCCUUUUGUUAAUAAUUUAUUUUUAGUAUUGGUUAUUAACCUGUUAUGAUCGUGAUCAGACGAGAAGAAACUGCUACAGUAUUUUAUUGCGUAAAUGAUAGUUUUCUAUUUUUAUACCAUUCAGGUGAUGAGUGUUUAGUUCAUUUGGAUGAUUUAAUUAAAGCCUCA